UCUCAUAGGAACGACAAGUGCCCGCCGGCAAGACAGUUCUGUUCGUACGCCAUAUACAUAAUAAUAUAUAAUACAUUGUAACGUUCGCGUCUUGCCGCGUUUCAAAACGAUUUUUCAAAUCGCGUUCGAAAUCGAAAUAACCGUUCGUUUUGAAUAAAAAUUUUAUGCAAUUUUUUUUCUCGUAAUUUUCCGUGGACGACGCGCACUCGCAAGCGCCCGAAGUGAUAUUUUUGUCGUAUAAUUGUGAUCACCAUACUGAUAUUGUAUACGGACGUGUGUGUGUCGACGACGAUUAUCACAGUAUCACACACAUACGUGCACGCAGCGCAGCUCACGACGGACGCACGCACACACGCGGGCGCGUUCCGCGUAUUAUAGCACCGUUCGUAACGACUACUGCUGCUGCCGCUAUACUGCGACUACGACUACGACUACAACUGUUGCUGUACAGUACAAGCCAACACUGGUGCUGCGAGACGACAUUCGCUCGCCGGUAACGACCAUCAGCGGGCAUCAGCCGCCCACCGCCGACAGUCAGCAGUCAGCCCGUCCGAACAUGACGUCGCCAUCAGCAGCACCCAGCGCGCCGCGCUCUUACGUGCCCAGAUCCGUGAUUGUGGCCGUCGUCGCCGCUCUGGCGUCGUGCACCGACGCCGCCACAGUGAUGACCAGAAUGAAAGACACCUCGAUGUUCAGAUCCAAAGGAGCCGUUGACGUGGACGGAAAUGCCGCCUCGUCGGCCAUCAAGGACAACGUCGCCGAUACGUACAACUUUAACGCUCAAAACUACACAAACACCGCCAACAUUACCGACUCGGAAGACGACGACGGUACAAUGGACGAGGAAGCGCUGUCCGCCGUGUGGUACCUAGCCGCAUUCGGCGGCCUGGUGCUCUUCUUCUUCGUGGUCACGUGCUCCGAACUUUUCUUUGGCAAUCCCAUCUACCAGCGCCGCGCCGUCGAGAUGCCGCACGCCGGUUACCUGCGCCGUCACGUGUACGGAAUCCGGAACCACGGACAGCACCACAACUACAAGCCCGAGACACCGCCCCCACCAUACCACCUGUUUGCGCCACCCAGUUACGACGACACCGUCAAGGGCGGGUUCGGACAGGUGUUGCAGCAGCAGCAGCAGCAGCAACCACAGCAGUACCACCACCGCGUUCCGGGCAAGAAGCUCGCCGACGUGUACGUGGUGCCCGUGCACGCGGCCACGACCGCCGCCACCGGCGCUACCACCUGCGCUGCCGGAGCCACCACCUGCGCCACGUGCACCACGAACGCCGUGGCCGUGGCGGUAGCAGACGCCAAACUGUUGGCCGCCGUGUUGCCGCAGACGAAAUUCAAAUAAUCGUCGCCGACGCUCUCCUCGCAUUUCGCUUCCCAUCAUCAUAAUAUAUUCGUUCCCUCGUCCUCGGUCCGCCACUGGAUUUUUACCCCUCCGGACGGACGGCGAUGGACGACGACCACGACAACGACAAGAUACUAAUUUUUUUCGCGCAAAAAGACGACGCGAAUAUAGUAAUAUAAUAAUCAAAAACAAUUAGUAUAAUAUUAUUAUAUAAUAAUAUCUCGUAUGAUAUUUUCUCUCGAAUCACUCUCACUCUCUCUCUCUCUCUCUCUCUCUCUGCCGUCGUGUCGUAUCACAGGCGCGUUCUUUGAUCUCAUUUUUAUACAUAUGUGUACAUAUUCAAACGUUAUUUUUAUACACGAUCACACACACACACGCGCACUAACUUACACGCGAGUUAACAUUAUAUACACGGUUAUGUAACAACGAUAAACGCGUUACAAUAUUAGAUUAUUCGUACGUUCGUUCAGACAUUGUUGUUAUUCGUCCACGUACGAUAUCAAUUAUACAUAUUAUUGUGUUUAUAUAAUUUAAUAUUAUUCGUACAUCUCUGAGUACUUUCCAAACGUUUUUAUAUUUUAUUUAUUAUUAAUUAUUAUUAUUAUUAUAAAUCAUGCGUGUGUGUAUGUGCGACUUUUUUUACAUUAUAUUAUAUACAUAUUAUAAUUAUACCCAUUAUUUUAUUUAUUAUAUACUUACAUUAAUAUUACGAUAUUAAAUUCAAUACAACGACGUAUCAUUAUAUCAUUUUAUUCGUCGCGUGCAUUAUAACGCGCGCCAGUCUGAACAGCGGCGGAGGACCGUUCGCGAUUAUUGUGAACGAGCCGGGCGGGACACGUCUCUCCUACAGUCCUACGCGGCAGUCGAGCCCGCGCCGCCGGACAAACACGUUGGACGCGUCCGGUCCGCGGCGGGCGAUCGACUCGCUUGCUCGCGUGUGCCCGUACCCUAUCCGUCCGGCGUACGUGCAGCCUCGCGCAUCGUCCACUCCGUUUCCACCAUUUUUACCAUAUAUGUAAUAUUGUGUACACUCAUCAUAAUUUUGUAUUAUAUUUGACGUUAUACAUUAUAAUAUGAACGCGGAGGAUAAGUCACACGCGAUCCGAUGAAUAUUAUUGAUAAAAUAAUUGUUCUCGUGACUGCGCGAGAUUUUGAUAUUGUGUGUACCUACGUGUUUUUUUUUUGUGUCUAUAUCGACCGUGUAUACGUAUGAAUGUUUUUUUUUUUUUUUUAACCUAUAUUGAAUUUACGUGCUGAACGUAGCCUAUAUUAGGCGAUUUCUUUUCUUUCUUUUUAUAUAAUUUAUUUAAUAAACACUGUUACCAAGACACAUUUUUAUCUACACAA